AUGUUUCACUUUCUUUCAUUUCUUAGUCUUUCAUUUUGCAGUCUUUCACCUUUUGAUUUCUCAGUUUUUUCUUUUUCUUUCAUUGCUAAAUGUUGCACUUUCUUUCAUUUCUUAGUCUUUCAUUUUCUUUCAUUUUGCAGUCUUUCACCUUUUCAUUUCUCAUUUAAUGUCUCUCAUGUGUUUUGUCUUUUCUUUUCACUUCUCCCUUUUUCUUUUUAUAUUUCUCUCUUUCUUUUUCUUUUUGCACAAGUGUCUCUUUUUGAGGUCUUUUCUCUCUUUCUCUUUUUCAUUUCUUUAAUGUCUUUUUCUUCUUUCUUUUUCUCAUCCAAAAUCAUAUUGGACUUUUCUUCCUUUCGCAUACAUGAAUUUAUAGUGAGUUAUAGCAGAUAUCGCAAACCCGUCCACUUGGCUUGGAUGCCGAAGCAAGACACUCUUUUCUGCUGUGGUUGUUCUUUCUUUUCUUCUUUUUUUGUAUCUUUGUUUCAUCAUGUGGUUCUUUAUCUUCAACCUUUAACUUUCUUUCAUUUCUCAGCAUUUCAUUUUCUUUCAUUUCUCAGUCUGUCCCUUUUUUAUAUUUGUAAACUUUUCUCUUUCUAUCAUUUCUCAGUCUUUCACUUUCUUUUUAAAGGCUUUUACUUCUUUCAUUACUCAGCCUUUCCAUUUCUUGUAUUUGUAAACAUUUCUUUUUUUAUCAUUUCUCAGUCUUUCACUUUCUUUCUUUUCACUUGA